AUGCGUCGUAUACAUCGUCAUGUUUCUCAGGGGAAUCUAGGGUCGACUACAACACCAUGCGAGAAUGAAUCGAAUGCCUCAUCCGAAGAUCAGACACGUACCACGAGGCGUGUCCAUUUUGUACCAUCACUUGCGCUUCAGAUGGCCAAACAUACCAGAAGGAGUAUACUUCGACCUGGAUUCAGCUUACUGGGAAAGGAGGGUGCCGAGACCAAGUGGGGCGUUAACCCGAACAACGACGACAUUCGAAACCAAGAGGCCAUUGUUCGUCCCACCUAUUCAGUAACGGCUGAGCAUGAGCAUCGCUCACCAGAACUGCUCGCUCGUCGGGGCCCUGUUGAUUCCUGCUCUCAACACACAGACUAUGACGCACAGGAGACAUGGAUAUACCCGCGCAAUACCUCCAAGACGAGCCAUUUACCACCAUCCGAUCCUGCAGACUUUGGAAAGACUCGCUUCUCGGUACUCUCCAAACGUGACGGCCGGCACCACUAUGAAGUCCUGCAGCCUGAACUUCGACGCGAGGCGCUCCCACCUUGCGACAAAGCUACCCACAUUGCUCAAAGACAGCAAGCGAGCGAGAACCUUCCCAGCAACUCAACUCCGCACUCCAACCAUAGUGCUGGCAGUCCCUUGCCUGCACAGUCGGCCUCUUCGUCAUACUCCGGUAUGUCGAGUCCAUUGCCACCAGCAACACCUUCGAAUGCGCUCUCUCCCGUGCAAUGGCUCCGUCCUUUCAAGGCUGCACCAUCAGGAGCAAACUAUCUCCCGAAACGUCGCUCUGAAAGUGGACGACAGGCCCCCACUGGCACCAGGUCUGCCAAGGGUAGAGGCGCAUGUGCAGAUUCACAAUCCGCAUGGCAAGAAAGUUCAAUACACAGGAAUGAUAUUUAUCGACGACAACGCCAUCGUUUCAGUGAGGCUGUUUGCUCCGAAUACUACUACGUGGACCCUCUCUCACCAUACCCACCGGGGCUCGAAACCACUAUAGAUUCUUCGACAUUCACAUCGUCUUACUCCUGGAGGCACGGAACACAAAAACGUAGCCGCUCACUUGCAUGUCGCUCCGACAAAUACCAGUCCGACCCUCUGCUGAUGACCACAUCAGGCAGGAGAUCCGAGCAAUUAGGAGGGAUCGUUCGGCGAGCCAGCUAUAUCGAGCCACGCGGUGCUGGCUCAAGAUCCUCCGAAAUGCAACUAUACGAAGCAGGAGUCAAGCCGAGCGGAUCGACCAUUCAUCGAGACACAGUGGCAAGGAGAAAAAGAGCCAUGAAAAUGGACUCCUCAUUUUCUAGAUGCAUCUGUGUGUACUGUGGUAUACAUCAUCAAAAACCUUUUGUCUUGUUUCCUGUGGAGGCAUCAGAUCAGCCAGAAUCAAUCCUAGGUUCAUAG